AUUGAAGAAUGCGCAUUUUAGUAAAAAAUCAGUCGCUCCUUCUUGUAACCGGCGAUCAACAGAGGGGCGCUUAUCGUUUUUUCCUUUGUGGUAGAACAGUAGAUUCAAGCACCAUGGAAACUUCCAGAGCUCCUUCGAGCUCUGUCUUCGUCUUUUGCUUUCUUCUGUUCCUCUCCUUGUCUUUUGUCCCCAGUGUUUUGUCCAAAUCUCGUCCGAUCUCCGACGAAGAGAUCAGGCAGAAGAAGAACGAGUGUUACGCUGAUAUAGAGAGUGGAUUGUGGGGUUGGCAGUGCAAGUCUUCCUCGACAGCCAAGGAGAACUGUGCCUUGCGAUGCCUUUCUCCGCCUUGCUACGAGCUCAUCUAUGAGAGCGACCCGCUUGAAGAGGGCGAGAAAGAUUUGAUUAGAAGCCAAGAAUACAAGUAUUGUAUGUACAAGUUGUCCCUUGGUGAAAGCAUAGACGGCGUCCGAGGCUCCUUCGACUUGUAAUAUAUCCCAAGGAAGUCAGUAGUUAUAUCCAGGAUGCUUCUUGAGGUGUUUAGCUUUCUCAAGCACCUUGCGGAUUAGGCUCACUCUGUCAAACAUUGUUAUUGGUGAUUUCAGAAAGCAAAUACAUUCAAAAAAAUACACUUGAAAUUCACCAUGAGAUUUGAUGGUAAAAGUUGAAAAACAUGAACUUUUUCGAUA